AUGCCCGAAAGUGCCCCCUUGGAAGCCACCAUCAGGCCACUCGCGGCCGCGGCCACCACCCCAGACCCUGUCCUAGAUCCAGACACCGGCGUGCCCCAGCUCCAGCUCCAUCACACACACCCGCUCCCGCAUCCGCACAACCAGCCCACCCCGCACGCGACUGCGACUGCGACGCCUGCGGCUGCCGCUGCUACUCCAGCUUUGGCUAACACGCCCCCGGCUACCCUGCCCGAGGCUUCACUUGCACAUCGUAUAAAGACACCCGCCGAGCCCUCCCUCGACUCAUCUCCUAUGCCUCCUCCUGCCGCCUCUCCUUCGUCUGCUGCGCCGUUGGUCAACCCCCCGCCAAAGACAAACCCACACCCCUCCUCUUCCUCCUCCGCCUCGACCUCCAAGAUGCUGUUCUCAGAAAUCUACAAGUCCCCACGCUCGCCGCUAUCCAAGUUCCGCCUGUCCAUGUCCCAGCAGCCCUUGACCCUGGACCUACCCGACUACGACCCUGACCUGCUGAGUAAGGACAAGGUCAAGCAGAAGGAAGCCGUCAAGAAGUAUCUUGCCGCCAAGGUUCGUAACGACUGGGAGUUCGUUUGGCCGCCAGUGGCCUCCCUCCCGCAGAAUGGCGACGUGCCACCCGCUGCAGAUGCGCCACCCGAAGGGGAAAGUGUAGAACAGGUGCAGCAAGAAACCCCUGAGCCCCAAGCCGACGCGACCGCGACGGCGACAUCACAAGAUGAGGCUGUUGAGACAAUGGAAAGCGACGAGGACGAUGAGGACGAGGAAGAAGACAGCGACGCCGAAUCGGUAUACAGCACUGUCUCAGAGGACCCCGCGCGCUUCAAGCCUCGCCUGGAAUGGGUGUCUGACUUGUCUGACGAGGACCCUCCCAUGUCGCUCUCCCCGUUUCGCUUUGACAGCCCCGACGCAAUCGGUGCAGCGGUGAAGGCAUCCGUGGCAGACAAGCGUGCGCGGAGGAGGCGAGCCGUUCGCGAGGAGAUGGCAUGGAAUGAAGGUCUGGCCUGCUUCGAGGCAAGGCGCAAUGCCUGGACAGGCGCCAGGACAGUUCGAGUGCGCACCAAACCCGCCUCCCCCAUGCAAACAUUCUCCCCUCUCUCCCCUCGCCGCCUCUUCUUCCGCUCCUCCUUCUCCCACCCCUCGGGCCCGGCCUCGCCAUCGUCGCCUGGGCAUUCCCUGCAGAAGCGGCCCAGCAACGAGGCCUCGGCCGCCGUGUCGGACGGCUCCGAGCUCUCCAAGGACCCGUCCAAGGAACUCACGGCUCAGAAGUCCAAGGAAUCCCAGAAAUCGGCGGCAUCUCCCGCCUCGACGACAUACCCCAUCGAGACCAUCGUUCCCCUUUCUGCGCCGCUCCUCCCGCCGGGCAACCCAAUGCGCGCCUCCAUCACUCCAGCUGUCUACAUGUCGCUGUACGAAAAGGUGAUAGUGCAUGCCCUCACACCGUCAUGCCCUGUCAAUCUGUCAGACAUGAUCCGGGCUUGUGUGGUGGGUUGGAAGCGUGACGGCGAGUGGCCUCCGAGGCCCUCGGCCGCCGAGCCCGGCAUCGUGGCCGUGCGGCGGAGGAAGAAGUCGGCGACAGAAGGCCAAAACCAGAACGCUGCUCGUAGAAUGAGCUUCGGCUUCUUAGGCAGGGGCGAGAAGGCGGAUACACACGAUGAGAGUGCUGGAAAAGGUAUUAGGAAGAGCCUGCAAAGAGUCCUCGGCAUCGGGCAGCAUCCUGCCUCGGCUGCCCCUUCAAGUGGGAACAACGGCGCCGCGGCGAACGGCAAGGACACGGCCGCUGUAUAA